AAUGAGCACGCGACACUAUCUGUAAAUUUUUUGAAGUUUGUCACAGCUGUUUUCUUAAUAAUUUUUUAUCCCGUCGCAUCGUGUCGUGGUCGUUCUACUAAGUUAUUAAAAUGAGUAAAGAAAUUUCAAUUACCGAGGUGAAAAAGCAUAAAAGUCGAAAGAGCACUUGGAUAAUUCUCCAUAAUGAAGUGUAUGAUGUGACUUCUUUUUUGUCUGAGCACCCUGGAGGUGAGGAUUCGUUAUUGGAUGUGGCAGGCAAAGAUGGAACUCUUGCAUUUGAAGAUGUUGGUCAUAGUGAAGACGCCAGGCAAAUGUUAAAGAAGUAUAAAAUAGGGAAGCUACCAAUAUCAGAGCACUCAAAGACCGUGACCCCUUGCUCCGGUUUGAAAUGGGCGAUACUUGCGCUGGCCGGGGCCCUUAUAAUAGGGCUGGCACUGAAGAAGUACAUGGGAUAAUAUCAGCGAAGCGGCGUUACACGGGUCCAAUCACAUAACUGGUUUUAACCAGUUAACCAGUAGAUCAGUUGAUGUUAGUAGAGUACAUUGUAACCAAGUGAUAAUAAAAUUAAGUUUUAUAGGUAUUUAGCCGUUGCACCUUGAAUGUGUCAUUCCUCUUUUUUUAUGAAAUGUACUUAUAUAAUUUUAACUUUACAAUUUUCAUCACGCAAGUAUUUUAUAACUCAAUAUUGCUCAAAGCAUUUGAAAAGAGAUUUAGUUGCCUAAAUUAAAUGUUUUUAAUGUACUUACUUAAACUUUCAUAACAGCUGAUACUAUCUAUUAACAAAAUACUCAAAUAUUUUUGGUGCUAUUAUUACUUCCGUUAUGCUAUGCAUCACGUUAAUAUCACGGGCGUAGUCAGGUUUUGGUAUCGGGGGGGGUUCAAGAAAAUAAAAAGACCAAAAGUACAUAAAAUAAUCCUUAUAUUCAUAAGAAAAUGGAGAAUUUGGGAAGUUCUUUUUUGAGCAGUGGUACAGUAUCGACUAUAUAAAAAAAUGCCUUUCUCUUAUAAACGCAUUACAGAAUUAAUCUUCUGUUUUUCUUUUUAAAUAUAUCCACUACUUCAUUCGCGUCAAUUUCUAUCAUAUAGUGAAUGUUCAUGAGAGCCAAGCCAUUCAAUCUGUUUUCACUUGUUGUGUUUCUCAAGUAGUUUUUAAGUCUUCUUAGGCUUGAAAAAGUCCUUUCUGGGGUAGCAGUGGAAACAGGUAUGGUCGCCAAUAUUUGCAACAAUGUGUAAAUAUUUGGAUAUAGUUUUUGGUCGCAGUUAUCUAAGCAUUCCAGAGCUGAUUUUGGAAUAGGGGAUGUGAGAGUCAUGGCUGCUUUCCACACUUCAAGUUCUGCUUUGACAACAGAUGAACAUUUUUCGGGCAGCACUGUCGAAUACAUACAAAAUGCCUCUUCAAUUUCACAACUGGUCGCAAAAUUUGACGGUAACACACAAGAUAGUGCCGAUACUACUUUACGGUGUUUUAUAAACCUCUCAAUCAAUUGUUGUAUUGUAUGGUCGAGAAAAGGGAUGAAUAAAUUUAAUUUAUAAUACGUGGAUAUAUCCGACGCAGGAAUAUAUGAGCGAUUCAGCUGCCUUCCGACAAUACGUGGCAUAAGCAGUAUACCACCAUUUUCUUCGAGCAACACCUUUGCUUCUUCAUAUAGAUGGAGAUACUCUUCGUCAACUUUGUCUCUUAAAAGUUGCAAAGCAUUAAUAACAUUAUCAACGUGGCUGAAUGCUGUUAUGAGGUCUGCGUUAACUGUCUGCAGUUGCUUUGACAGCGACAAUGUAUAGCUCAUAACUUUUUGAAGAAUUACUAGGCACAUAACAAAAUUCGAAGAUCGAAGUGUGUUAAGCAUUUGGACGGCUUGUUGCGAUGUUUCUUUAUUGUGGCUAGAUUGGAGUUCUUCGAGAGCAUGCACAAUCGCUGAAUAAAUUUCUUUAAAUCUUAUAACGGCUUCAUGCUUAUGAACCCACCGUGUUUCACACAUUGCAAGCAAGCUUUUUUGAUGAUCAGCCGGUAACAAAUCCCUAAUUUUUUCUUUCAGAACAGCAGUGCGUUGAGCCGAAUGUCUAAAGUAGGAACCAACAGAUUGUACGAUUCCAACGCAGUUUCGUACUUCUGCUUGAGAACAUGAGUCGGCAAUAGCGAGAUUGAGAGAGUGUGCACUACAAUGUACAUAAAGAGCAAGAGGACAGUCUUGACGAAUAAAUGCUUGGGCACCGUGCAAAUACCCACUCAUAGCUGCAGCUCCAUCGUAACCUUGACCAACCACAUGAGAACAAUCAAGUCCAUGCUUUUUCAGAGCUGUAAUUAUAAGAUUUGCAAGACCGGAUCCUGUCACGUCAACAGUUGGAAUAUACUCUAAAAACAUCUCCUUAACUUUAUGUUGUUUCGCAUCUUUUGAAUCAACAUAUCGCAAGCACAAUGAGACUUGCUCCAUACGCGCAAUGUCAGUUGUCUCGUCAGCGAGAAUCGAAAAAAAAAUAGCUUCCUUUACUUCGUUAAUGAUCUUGUGUUGAAUAAUUUCACCACAAAUGUCAAUUAUUUCAUUUUGGAUUUGUGGGCUCGUGUAAAGGGCAUUCUUCUGAGAAGUGAUCAAAUGCUCCGAAAGAUCUUUAUCCCCAGAUUCGGCUGCGUACCGCAAUAGAGCUCGAAAAUUACCCUCAUUCUGAAGUGGUUGUUCAGACUCCGGUGUAACGUGAAUCCGUCCCGAAUCAGUUUUACCUCUUAAAGGUAUACCUUGUUUGCCGCAAAAAAUUAUUCCUUUUACGAUGGGGAUUAGUUUUUUUCGAUUUUCUUGUUGCUGUCUUUUUCUUUCAGAAGACAACUGCUCAUCAACUGAAACAACCUGAGAAGACAUUACUUUUAGGAAGUUAUCUGCGAGUUCCAAAUUUCGUUUGUGAUAUCCUGAUUUUGCAUGAGUUUCAAAUAUUUCUAAUGCAUUCUUCCACUUGCAAAAAGGAUCGGUUACAAGCUGGCCGACCCGCUGAUGGCCCCCUUUACCUUCAUCAAGCGAACGUCUCAUUACGACGCAAAUUCUACAAUAUGCUCCACUUUUAUACUCAGAAUAUGCCAACCAGGGGAAUCUUUCCAUCCAUUUCAUUUGAAAGCGCAAAUUUCGUUUUGUAGAAAUGGGAAACUUGUAAUCUUGAGGUGGAGUCCAAGGCUCUUUUAAAAUUUGGGCCUUUAGAUAUUCAUUCUCGAUAUUGUCUUCAGUCGCAUAAAAACCAACAUCCAAUUUAGAAGAAUGUGAAGAUGACGUAACAGAUGAGCUGGUGCUGCUGCUGGUCGGUUCUAGGCUAAGUGAAGGGUCGGUAGUGGUAGGUAUAAAACAGGGCGCUGGCGACACCACCGACUCGGUCUCGACAUUGGAUACCGUAAAUGAAGUCGAAGGCUCGCUUGUGAUCACAAUUUUAUUGUCAGCAUGCAAACUAGUUGUUGGUCCCAAAUUCUCUUGUUUACGGGUAGCCGGUGAACCACACCACUUUUUCCAAUACUCCAUACCUUUAAGUUUAUCGCCUUUUCUUUUCUUUUUCUCCAUUUUCUCGUAAUCUAAAAUAAUAAAAAAAUACUAUCUAUUUAUUUAUCUAACCAGCAAUAAGUACACCCAUCCAUGAGAAUUAAUAAUUAAUUAAUUCUCAUUUUAUUAGUAUUGCUAUUUUAAACGUAAUAAGUAGUGGAAAUUAUAAAUCUACUUACGUAUCACAAAAAUGACAAAAUAACCUCUAAUAAUAGUCACUGUAAAUUAUUGUCCUCUGCUUUACUACUCUCACUCGAUGAUCGUUGGUAAAUGAACACGACACGACAAGUGCGUGCGCGUGGGAUACGAAACGGCACGAAAAUAUACGAAGGUUACCGAAUGCGAUCGGUUAAACGAUUGUGUGUGACGAAGCGCGGGCCGGGUGAUAGAAUCCAACCAAACCACAUACCUAUCUUAGCGUAAGAAUGGGAAUGGAUGAGAUGUUAAUCUUAACUUUUCGGGGGGGUUUAAACCCCCAGAACCCUCCCCCUGGCUACGCCCGUGGUUAAUAUAAAUAUUAUUUUGCUAUUAUUUUAGAAAUAACUAUUUAAAUCUGACUUAUGUAAGUGUAUUUUGUCCGUGUCGUGACAAUAAAACAUACAUAAUUGUAAAAUAGUUUUUUUUUUUCAUUAAAUGCUAAAUGACUAAUAGACUUAAAAUUAAACCUUAUUUAAUAAAUACUGAUGAUUUAAAUAAUUAAAAAUAAAUUAUUUCGGAUAUGUUCAGUCGCCUGCAGAUAAUCUUGACUCCCCAAAGUUUUUGGUUUGCUUGAACAGGGUUCAUGUUUAUUUGGAAGCGACUGUUUUGCUGUACCUAACAAUACAAACAUUUCAUAUAUCAUUUUGGCUAGCCUGUUUUCCUCCGGCGUUAUCAGGGUUUACUUUCUUACCUCUGGAGAGGAGCCCGGGGUGGCCCUUUGUUACUUUGAUCCUGAAUUGGGAAGGCUUGUCCGUUACAUCUAUUGCCACAUCACGGAUGGAUGUCAAAAUAUAUUAUU